GUCAGUCUACUUUCACUUUUCCUUUGACCGUAAACGGUGGGCGUUUUUGUGAUCAAGCGAGAAUAGACUGAGAAUACGAUCAAAAAUAUCUACAUCUAACAGUAUUUUGGGUUUUUUUUUCCAUCCCAGCGUCUUUUCUUUUGCUCCUGUAGGCUCAGCUUGCACAGCAGGUGAAAUCAUGGAUGAUUUGCUUAAGGAAAUAAGAAGCAAGAAUGAAGCAGCAGCAUCUGUACUGGAAAACGCAGGUUUGAGAGCUGACUCAGAUCUCCGGUCACUGACUUUACAAGAACUGGGUGAGCUGUUGCCUGGAGCUGAAAAUUUCAAACUGAGAAGGGAAAUCUUUGAUAUAAUACAGACGCAGAAACCAAUUGGUGAGCUCAUAAAAGAAUUCAAGAACUUCAUCCCACAUGAAUCUCUCGGCACUACCUUAACGGAAAAUGGAAUCUUGGUCAACUACCUGAAAAUGUUGAAGGAAAUGAAGAACCAAAUGCAAACGGUGCAGGAUUUCCUUGAUGCUCAUAUCCGUCUACUGGAAGACAUCAGGAAAUCUCAACCAUCGCAGGACCAGGACAAAGGAUCUUUGUCAAGUAGUGACAAUAGCCAAACUGGUGACCCUCCACAAAUACAACAAGAUACAAGUACCAGUAGUUCAAUGCUGCCCCCACCCUCUACUACCUCCACUGGUGACCAUCCACAGAAAAGAAAAGGUGAAAUCAUGGAUGUUUUGCUUAAGAAAAUAAGAAGCAAGGAUGGAAAAGCAGCCUCUGUACUGGAACAGGCAGGUUUGAGAGCUGACUCAGAUCUCCAGUUACUGACUUUACAAGAGCUGGGUGAGCUGUUCCCUGGAGUUGAAAAUAUCAAAUGGAGAAGGGAAAUCUUUGCUAUAAUACAGACGCAGAAACCAAUUGAUGUGCUCAUAGAAGAAUUCAAGGACUUCAUCCGACAUGAAUCUCUCAGGGCUGCCUUAACGGAAAAUGGAGUCUUGGUCGAUUACCUGAAAAUGUUGAAGGAAAUGAAGACCCAAAUGAAAACAGUGCAAGGUUUCCUUGAUGCUCAUAUCAAUCUACUGGAGGACUUGAGGAAAUCUCAACCAUCGCAGGACCAAGACAAAGAUAGGACACCUUCUGCACCCUCUAUCACUUCCACUCAUGGCCAGACAAAGAAAAGACAAGUGACGUACAAGAUGGUGGUCAGCGGAGUAACCUUUGAUGCCGAUAAGCAGCUACUGGACAGAGUAACAACUUCAAGCGGGGAUAGAAUUUUGAAGUUGCUCAAUGAGGACGAUGGUGAGGUCAUCAUCGUCUUCUGUCCUGUUGUUUCACGUACGGGGACAGAUGUUGAGGCAGCCAUGGCCCAAGUCACAGGUGAUAAACCUGUCAUACUGGUUGUGAUGCAUCACGCAUAUGAAGCCAGAUCUGUAUCCUCAGCGAAAACAUGGAAGGAUUCUUGUAAGGUCGUUUUGUGUGUUCAUGUUUUCUACCAUGAGAAGGUCCCUGGAUUGCUGCCAUGUCAGGAAAAUAAUGAUGCCAUCUCCAAGAUACAAACAGAAUUAUUGAAUUACGGUGUUGACAUAACUGAAAGUACAAGUGGAGAUAAUCAGAGUUGGUUAAGUUUCCUGGUUUCAAAAUUCACUGAAAAAAAAUGAAUCAAUGAAAGUAUAAUGCCUGCAACUACAAGUAAAAGAAACUAUAAUAGCUUGUGUCAGCUUCAGCUUUAAGUGGAAGAAACAGUAAAAAACAAGUACAGUUUAUCUUGAUUUGUCUCCAUCUGUACUGUCUGUGUGUUUAUCAUCAGUUCAAGUCUAAAAGAAUGUGAAAACAUGACAUGACAUAUUAGUUUUUGUGUGGUUGUACACCAGUCAGGACUUUAUCUAAUACAACUGAAAAAAAAAAAACAACACACAAAUAAAGUCAGGGUUUAAGAUAAGAUUGUCACGGUUCUGGGUCAGUUUUGACCCAGUAUUUUUAGUUCUCAUAUUUUGGUUUAUUUUUGAAUGAUGGAUCGUUUUGUUUCCCUGGUGCCUUGUUGAUCAUUAUUAUUAUUGUUGUUAUUAUUAUUAUUAUUAGUAAUCUAUUUUCAGUGAUUCUGGAAUCCUGAACACGUCAAAACACCAGUGUAAUGAUAAUCCACUAUAGCCUGUUCUAUGGAACAGCACUGGUUCAGCUAAUAUUUCUGUCUUUAGUUUCUAUAUUCUGUACAAAAACACCUGAAAGUAGAUUAAGACUGUAAUGCAAAGCCCACACUUGACAAGUAUUCAUAAACUAUAUAGAUUCAAACACUUUAAAAAGAUCAUAGAUGGAAAUGGAAAAGAUUUUAUAAGUAGAAAACCAAAUGAUACAUAAGUGAUCAUAAUAUCUGUGCUUUUUUAGUUCUGUUUCCCCCAAAGGGGGAAACUAUAUCAUAACAAAGCAGAAUAAUUUAAAUGUUCUCAUUAACUUAUUUUUU